ACGACUACAGCACACACACUCAAAGUGCGACGAAACUAAAAGUUUGUUUUAAUUCGCCCAAAUGUUCCUCUCUCUCCAGUUAGAAGCGAGCUCUGGUGGUUUUGGUUGACAGGAAGAGCUGAAAACGGCUAUUUAAUUUUUUCUUCUUCUUCUUUUUGGGGUCAGUAACCUGUGGAGGGAGCAAAAAAAGGGGGGGGGAAAGGAUUUACUUGGGAAAAGCUCGGAAAGUUUGGGAUUUAUCCGUGUUGGCGUUUAAAAUUGCUAUACAAUUUCUUUCUAUUAGAGGUUUUAUGGGCCUUCUUUUGGUUUUUACAUCUUUUUAAAGUGAAAGGCUCCACCUGUAGCUGAGGAAGACAGACAGACAAAAGGGAGCACCAAGGGCUUGGACCAUCUGCCCCGAGGAGUCAAGGAGACAGGGAAAGAAAGGAAGAAACUGCCGCUGUCGACUGUAGCUUCCUAUUGUGCACAAAUGUAUGCUGAAAAAGUUGUGACUGAAGGAAAGAUGGGGAGCAGGGGCAUCUCUCUGACCUGUGUACUGACCCCCUGUCGGGUAAUUGGAGUGUGUGUAACGCUGAUGACCUUGGGAGCCAUUGGAGCAGCCGUUUGGGCCGUAGUUACAUAUUGCACAAUGGAGGAAGACAUAGAACAGUAUGAUGGUGAGUCAACUGGUGGCUUUGAAUUUCAGGUAAAUUCACCUGACCAGCAUCUCAGAGUCUUCGACUCCACUCACAGGAGGUGGCGUCAGGUGUGUUCCUCCCCAGCUGAUGAACUGCUAGCUAGCAUCAGCUGUGAAGAAGUGGGAUUUGUCAGUGUGGUGAAUUACUCAGUCACAGCUGUGUCAGAGGCCAGCGGCGAUGCUGGAGACUUCUUCUGCGUCAGACAGGAAGAGCUCAGCUAUGGCAAGAAAAUCAAAGACUCAUUGUAUCCAUGUGACUGUGAAAGCCGGGAAGUUCUCACACUGUUGUGCCAAGACUGCGGCAGACGUAGUUUUGCGGCAGACCGUAUAGUGGGUGGUGUGGACGCGAGGCACGGCAGCUGGCCUUGGCAAGUCAGUUUGCAGUACGAUGGUGUUCAUCAGUGUGGAGGAUCCAUUAUCUCAGACCGCUGGAUUGUUUCUGCAGCUCAUUGUUUCCCAGAGCGGUAUCGCUUUGUUAAUCGCUGGCGUGUGCUGUUGGGCUCCAUCUACAAUAAACCUGUCAAUGCCAAUGUAGCAGAGGUGAAGACCAUUGUUUACCACAGCAGCUACCUGCCCUUUGUCGAUGCUAACAUUGACGACAACAGCAGAGACAUCGCUGUCCUGGCCCUCACUCAGCCUCUCACUUUCAAUGAAUACAUCCAGCCCGUUUGCCUGCCUGCAUAUGGCCAAAGGCUGAUAGAUGGACAGAUGGGAACAGUGACAGGCUGGGGAAAUGUAGGGUACUAUGGCCAUCUAGCAGAUGUUCUACAGGAAGCCAAUGUCCCCAUCAUCAGUGACGCCGUCUGCAAUGCUCCUGACUACUACGACAAUCAGAUCACUACUAGUAUGUUCUGUGCUGGCUAUGAGAAAGGAGGCACUGAUGCCUGUCAGGGAGAUAGUGGUGGACCCUUUGUGGCUGAAGACUGCUUGUCCAAGACCACUCGAUAUCGUCUGCUAGGAGUAGUAAGCUGGGGAACUGGCUGUGCCAUGUCCAAGAAACCUGGUGUCUACACCAGAGUGUCCCGAUUUCUGCCCUGGAUAUCCUCAGCCAUGAGGAACUAUCAAAAUUCACCCGGUGUUCAUAAAAUGGCACGGACAUGAGAAUCCUGCUUUCAUGUUUCUGCUUUCUCCACUCUUGGAUGACAAAAUGGACAGUCCCCAUAAGUGAUACUGUGACUACAUAGGUGCUACGACAGGGGGAAACAAGGCUGUGAUGUUCCCCUCUUGUCAAGGCUUCCCUUCUCACUGAAACAUUUUUUCCGAGGAUUUUAACAACUCUCUGAGCCUUUACUGUAGAGUGAAAAGUCUGGACACAGUCACACCUUCAUAUUCAUACCGUACAUAUUAUCAAAUGUUAAUAGAGGCUUAUGUCUUUGCAGGGAUACACAGACAGAGCCCAGACAUGAGGAUUUCAAGUGGUCAGCUUACUGAUUCACUGCAGUUAUCAGAACCACUACAGUUUGUAAACUACAUUAUUUUUCUGACACAAUUUUCUUUGUAUUUCUGUGUAAAAAAAAAAAGUUCCCAGAAGUAAACCUAUAAAUACAACAUGAGUUAAUUGCAGACUUA